UGGACCUGGUAGUCGGCCAGCAAGCAGCAUGGAGGCACCCUGGGGGAUCGUCAACGCUGAGCGGAGCUGGUACGUCUCUGCCCAGCAGCCUGAAGAGGCGGAGGCGGAAGACUUGAGCCCGUUGCUAAGCAACGAAAUUUACAGACAGGGAUCCCCAGGUGUUUCAUUUGGUUUUUCUGUGUUUAAUCUGACGAAUGCCAUCAUGGGAAGUGGCAUCCUUGGCUUAGCUUAUGUUAUGGCUCAUACUGGCAUCCUUGGAUUUAGUUUUUUGCUGUUGAUAGUUGCUCUCCUGGCUUCUUACUCAGUUCACCUCCUGCUUAGUAUGUGCAUUCAGACAGCUGUGACAUCUUAUGAAGAUCUUGGACUCUUUGCGUUUGGAUUACCUGGAAAGGUGGUGGUAGCCGGCACCAUCCUGAUUCAGAAUAUUGGAGCUAUGUCAUCUUAUCUUUUAAUUAUUAAAACAGAGCUUCCUGCUGCUAUUUCAGAAUUUUUGUCUGGAGACCAUACUGGGUCUUGGUAUCUUGAUGGGCAAACACUACUAAUAAUCAUUUGUGUUGGCAUUGUGUUCCCUCUUGCGCUUCUUCCUAAAAUAGGCUUUCUUGGCUACACAAGUAGUUUAUCAUUUUUCUUUAUGGUGUUCUUUGCUCUUGUGGUAAUAAUUAAAAAGUGGUCCAUUCCUUGUCCUCUGCCAUUAAAUUAUGUAGAGCAAUACUUCCAGAUUUCAAAUGCUACAGAUGAUUGUAAACCAAGGCUCUUUCAUUUCUCCAAAGAGAGUGUUUAUGCCAUACCUACCAUGGCUUUUUCAUUUCUCUGCCAUACCUCCAUAUUGCCAAUAUACUGUGAACUUCAAAGCCCUUCAAAGAAAAGAAUGCAAAAUGUAACCCAUACAGCAAUUGUUUUAAGUUUUCUCAUUUAUUUUGUAUCUGCACUCUUUGGGUACCUCACUUUUUAUGACAAAGUGGCAUCAGAAUUACUGCGAGGUUAUAGCACAUACUUGCCCCAUGAUGAUGUUGUCAUGACUGUGAAGUUAUGCAUACUAUUUGCUGUGCUUUUGACAGUCCCUCUAAUCCACUUCCCUGCACGGAAAGCUUUAAUGAUGAUAUUUUUCUCCAACUUUCCAUUCUCAUGGAUUCGCCAUUCUUUGAUCACUCUAGCACUCAAUAUUAUAAUUGUUUUGCUUGCAUUAUAUGUUCCUGACAUUAAGAAUGUAUUUGGUGUAGUUGGUUCCAGUACAUCAACAUGUCUGAUUUUUGUAUUCCCAGGACUAUUUUAUCUUAAACUUAGCAGAGAGGAUUUUCUCUCAUGGAAAAAGCUUGGGGCUUUUGUUUUGCUCAUCUUUGGAAUUUUGGUUGGGAAUUUUAGUUUAGCAUUAAUCAUUUUUAAUUGGAUUAAUAAAUGAAAGAAAUAUUUUCCUCUUCUUAUGAAGAAUAAUUUACCUCUGUAUGCAAAAAAGGAGUAAUUCUGAAAGACCCCUUGGAUAAAUCCUUUUUAUAUGGGUAAACAUUUUUGUAAACAUUAUCAGAAAAGCAGAACAAAGUGGGAAUAUGUAGGGGAAAGUGGGUUUAUAACAGUUUUAAUUAAAAUAAGAAAUACAAAAUGUU